CUUCCUUUGCGUUAGUGGAGCAUCGAGCUUAAUGACAUCGACAAUACAUAAACGUCGAUGCCCUAGAUUCUGAGAGAAUCUGACUGCUGGAAAGCGAACGGUUGCACUUCCAUGUUCUCUGCGACCACACGGCCGAUACCAUUAUCCAGCCACAUUACUAAGACAGCUACAACAACCCGCGCAUUCUCAUUCAGAGCAACCUCAUUCGCCAUGGACAAGAAAGAUUCCAUCCUCAACUGGGUAGAUCCCAAGGACAAGAGCGGAGAGUUCAAACGCCAGCAAUCUGUGUUCCGCUCCUUCAUCGAGAACAAGUCUGGUGCCGAGUUCCCCGCCGAGAAGGAUCGCUACCACCUUUAUGUCUCGUACGCGUGCCCGUGGGCGCACCGCACCCUGAUUGCACGCAAUCUCAAGGGUCUCCAGGACAUUAUCAGCUUCAGCAGCGUGCAUUGGCACAUGGGCGACAAGAGCUGGCGCUUUGCGACACCGGACGAGAAGCUUCCUGGCAAGAACACUGUGCCUGACCCACUCCACAAGGAGUACACACAUCUUCGUGACAUCUACUUCGAGCAGAACCCUGAUUAUGAGGGUCGAUUUACAGUGCCGACUCUGUACGACAAGAAGCAGAAGCGCAUUGUCAGCAACGAGAGCAGUGAAAUCAUUCGAAUGUUGUACACGGAGUUCGAUGAUUUGAUUGCGGACGAGUACAAAAAGGUGGAUCUGUUCCCGAAGAACCUGCAGAAAGACAUCGAAGAGAUGAAUGACUGGGUGUACAACGAUAUCAACAACGGUGUGUACAAAUCUGGUUUCGCUACCACGGAGGAUGCAUACAAGAAGAGCGUCACCACGCUCUUCAAGUCCCUAGACCGCGUCGAAAGAGCUCUCGCCGACUCAUCGACAUCGUACCUGCUCUCCUCCCCUCACGUCACAGAAGCAGAUAUCCGUCUGUUCACAACCAUCAUUCGCUUCGACCCAGUCUACGUACAGCACUUCAAGUGUAACAUUCGCGACAUUCGGUCCGGAUACCCAAAUCUGCACAAGUGGGUGAGGCAUCUGUACUGGGACUAUCCCAAGGCUUUUGGUGAGACGACAGAGUUCGAACACAUCAAGAAUCACUACACGAAGAGCCACGGGCAGAUCAAUCCGUUUGCUAUCACACCUGUUGGACCGUUGCCUAAUAUUCUGGAGAAGGAUGAUGAGGUGCCAAGUGUGAAGGCAGCGUUAAAGCAGUAGAGAGUUCAAACGGCGCAACGCGACCAGACGCAAUGAAUAUGUUUUUUUUAUAAAU